GCACUUUCAAAAUGGCGGAGCGUGGAGCGAGCGGCAGCGGGAGCAGCGGGGACAGCCUGGACAAGAGCAUCACGCUGCCCCCGGGGGAGGUAUACUGUAACCUUGAGAAUGCUCUGAAUUUUGCUGUCUGUGCCUUCCUCCUCGUAGGUGGAUCCUUAACAAAACUGGCCUACUACUCAACAGUGCAACACAAAGUUGCCAAAGUGAGAUCUUUCGACCAUUCGGGAAAGGAUACAGAACAGGACCAUGAGCCGCCAUAUGAGAUUUCCGUUCAGGAAGAGAUCACCGCACGGCUGCAUUUCAUUAAGUUUGAGAACACCUAUAUUGAAGCCUGCCUGGACUUCAUCAAAGACCACCUGGUUAACACAGAGACCAAGGUCAUCCAGGCGACAGGGGGUGGGGCCUACAAGUUCAAAGACCUCAUUGAGGAGAAGCUGCAGCUGAAAGUAGACAAGGAAGAUGUGAUGACCUGCUUGAUAAAAGGGUGCAACUUUGUGCUAAAGAACAUCCCUCAUGAGGCCUUCAUGUAUCAGAAAGAUGCAGACCCUGAGUUCCGAUUUCAGACAAACCAUCCCAACAUUUUCCCGUAUCUCCUGGUUAAUAUUGGUUCUGGAGUCUCUAUUGUGAAGGUAGAGAGCGAGGAGAGGUUCGAGUGGAUUGGCGGCAGCUCCAUCGGAGGCGGCACCUUCUGGGGGCUCGGAGCUCUGCUCACCAAAACAAAGAAGUUCGAUGAGCUGCUGCACUUGGCGUCCAAGGGCCAGCACACGAAUGUAGACAUGCUGGUGCAGGACAUCUAUGGCGGGGCCCACCAGACCCUGGGGCUGAGCGGCAAUCUCAUUGCAAGCAGCUUCGGGAAAUCGGCCACUGUUGACAAAGAAUUCUCCAAAGAAGACAUGGCCAAGAGUUUGCUGCAUAUGAUCAGCAAUGACAUCGGGCAGCUUGCUUGUCUCUACGCUAAGCUCCACCAUUUGGACAGGGUGUACUUUGGGGGCUUCUUCAUCCGGGGCCACCCUGUGACCAUGCGCACCAUCACCUACAGCAUUAACUUCUUCUCCAAGGGAGAAGUCCAGGCGCUGUUCUUGAGACACGAAGGCUACCUGGGAGCCAUCGGGGCAUUUUUAAAAGGAGCCGAGCAAGACAAUCCUAACCAGUACAGCUGGGGAGAGAACUACGCAGGCAGCUCCGGGCUGAUGAGCACGUCCCCUGAGCUGUGCCCCACACAGCGGGCGCGGAGUGGUACCUUUGACUUGCUGGAAAUGGACCGACUGGAGAGGCCGCUAGUCAAUCUGCCCCUCCUUCUGGACCCAUCCUCCUAUGUGCCCGACACGGUCGACCUCACUGACGAUGCUCUGGCCCGCAAGUAUUGGCUCACCUGCUUCGAGGAGGCACUGGACGGGGUAGUGAAACGUGCAGUAGCAAGCCAGCCCGAUUCCCUGGACGCAGCUGAGAGGGCAGAGAAGUUCCGGCAGAAGUACUGGAACAAGCUGCAGACUCUGAGGCACCAGCCCUUCGCCUAUGGGACCCUGACGGUGCGCAGCCUGCUGGAUACCCGGGAGCACUGCUUGAACGAGUUCAGCUUCCCAGACCCUUACUCCAAAGUAAAGCAGAAGGAAAACGGCAUUGCACUGAAGUGUUUUCAGAGUGUGAUCCGCUCCCUGGACUCGCUAGACUGGGAAGAGAGGCAGCUAGCCCUGGUGAAGGGCCUCCUGGCGGGGAAUGUCUUUGACUGGGGGGCCAAAGCCGUGUCUGAUGUUCUUGAAUCUGACCCCCAGUUUGGUUUUGAAGAAGCGAAAAGGAAGUUGCAAGAGCGGCCCUGGCUCGUGGAUUCCUACAAUGAGUGGCUUCAGAGAUUGAAGGGGCCCCCUCAUAAAUGUGCCUUAAUUUUCGCAGAUAACAGUGGAAUAGACAUCAUUUUGGGAGUCUUCCCCUUUAUCAGGGAGCUACUCUUUAGAGGGACAGAGGUCAUCCUGGCGUGCAACUCAGGCCCUGCCCUGAACGAUGUCACCUACAGCGAGUCCCUCAUUGUGGCUGAGCGCAUCGCAGGCAUGGACCCCAUCGUUCAGUCUGCACUCAGAGAAGAGAGGCUGCUGCUGGUUCAGACAGGCUCCAGCUCCCCAUGCCUGGACCUCAGCCGCCUGGACAAGGGACUGGCCGUGCUGGUGCGGGAGCGUGGAGCGGACCUGGUGGUCAUCGAGGGCAUGGGCCGCGCCGUCCACACCAACUACUACGCGGCCCUGCGCUGCGAGAGCCUCAAGCUGGCCGUGAUCAAGAACUCCUGGUUAGCCGAGCGGCUGGGCGGCCGACUCUUCAGCGUCAUCUUCAAGUACGAGGUUCCAGCCUAGUGAGCCACCUGCUCUGCCGGACUCUGUCCUGUGGCUCGUCAGGACUGUGUUUUACGACAGCAGGAACGCUGCGUUCCCGUCGCAUAUUUAUAUCGUGCUUCUGUGACUGACAGCGCAUGUGCCCCAGGCCAGCCCAGCUGUGCCACGUCCACGGCGGAGAGACGC